AUGCGGCAGCGCAAUUCCGUCGAGAAAGACGCGUCGAGACGGAUGCGGACGGAUGCCACGCAAGCAAGCAACAAAAAGUUAAAAAAAAGUCUAACGGCAAACUCGCGUGAGUACCAGUAUCACUACUGGUACAGGUCCACCACAGUCGGAGUCAUCGUGGACUCCUUCGACCUGGGCUCCUACGACCCGGAGAUGGACGGCUACGAACCGCCGGAGGUGUCCGUCGACGACGUGACCAAGGGCGUUCGGAUCGGCGAAGGGUCGUUCGCGGUGGUGUUCUCCGGCACCGUCGCGGGCGUCGGCGACGUCGUGCUGAAGCAGUACAGGCGCGACGUCCGCGGAAGGGACUGGUUCUCCUUCUACGCGGACGAGCGCGCCAUGUGCAGGCGCCUGCGGGAGUGCCCCGGGGUUGCGCCGUUCGUCGGCGUCGCGGGAUCGGAUUUGUACCUGGUGUGGAGGGACGUGGGCAAGCGCACGCUGGCGAACGUGAUGGAGGACGGCGCGUACGGCGGAGGCGCUCACGACGGACGCGGCGACGCGCUGAAGCUCGCGGCGGCGGAGAUGGGCUUGAGCGCGUCGGCGACGGAUUCGGAGAUCUUCGUCGCCGUCGCGCGGGGGCUCAUCGAGGCGGUCGUCUCCAUCAACGACGCCAACUGCGUGCACCGCGACGUCAAGCCGGACAACGUGCUGCUCACGUCCGCGGAGAAGGGCUCGCCGGGGGGCGCGCGCGUGCUGAUGGUGGACCUCGGCGGCGCGGCGGAUUACGAAACCGGCCAAGGGACGGAUGGGUCGGAAGCGAUCUUCGACCCGACGUACGGAGCCCCAGAGCAGUUUGUCAGAAAUAAAAGUCGGUCGAGGGGCAUCGCGGGUAUGUUCGCGGGCUUCGGCGUGAACCCGGAUCCAUCCGGGGGUGGGGAUCUGGAGGCGACGGGGGCGGCGCCCACGGCGGCGUUUGACGCGUUCGGCGUGGGUUUGACGCUGCUGAGGCUGGCGACACCGGCGCUGCAUCCGGCGGGGUCGAUGAAGCUCGCCAGGAGCGCGAUGGACGAAGCGGCGGAUCGGGUGUUCCUCGAGGGGAAAAGCGACGAGGUCAGCGUGCUGGACGAGUGGGCGAGCGGACCCGGGAGCGAGUCGUGCGACUUUGGCUUGCUCGAUAAGCUCGGCGCGUGGUCGCUGUUGGAGGGCCUGACGCAGUGGGACCCGGAGCGGCGCAUGACGCUGGAGGAGGCGCUCCGGCACCCGAGCCUGAACUGACAUCCAUUAUUUUCGACGAUCGCGGCCGUGCGAGUCGCCGCGGCGCUGGUCGCGGGAGCGAGAGGGGGCGGGGCGACGGCGGGCUCGAGUUGCGAAAGCGGGGCGCGUUCGAGUUGCGAAAGCGGGGUUCGCGACAACGCGCGAGGUGAUGAUUAUUGAGAAAAUGCAAGAUCGCUGCCCGUCCAGCUCCGCGCGUGAGUUUUUCGAAUUCACGGCGGGCGGGGGCGAGCUCGAGGCAACGCUCGCGUUGCGGAUUGUCGCGGCGUCGUCGCGGAUGAAAACGUCCUUCCGAAGCUCGUCACGUUUCGAGUUUAAACUUUGGGCACGUCUUUCAUCUCCGCGGCGGUUUCGCCCGCGGGUUCCUUCUUGGCGGCGAAGAAGAGCUUCACGCAGAUGGUGCUGAACACCGUGUAAAGCAGGAGAGAGUUGGCGUACGCCAGGGAGAAGCGCUGAGGUAUGGAUGGUGGUCCACUUGUUUCACAGUUGAACACCGGGGAAUCGAUGAACUCGGUGCAGUACAUGUUGUCUUCGUCAAGUGCCAGUUGGAACAGAGAAAGCGCUUUCUCAGGAGUAACCAUGCACUUUUCCACGAGCUUCCCGCGUUUAUAUGAAAGUCCAAGAGCUCGAUAAAGCUCAUAGUUGGAAUCUCUUGCUGCCAUGACGAGCUCGUAGUAUCCCGCGUCCCAUUUGUAAUAGCACGAGUCCUCGGCAAUCAAAUC